UCGAGGAGAUCGAAAGCGCGAGCACUCACGUUUCGGAACUCGUCAAAGAAAGUACUUUUAUUCACAUAGUUUGGACCAAGUGGGGGACUGUGCCCCUAAGUGAGAAAAUUGUAGCCUAGAAGGGUCAUGAACUACAUCGGCAAGUUCAUAUCCAACUUUAAAGAUUUCUACAAUGAGAUCAAUGCUGCAACUUUAACAGGUGCCAUCGAUGUCGUUGUAGUGCGGCAGGAAGAUGGCUCCUAUCUCAGCUCCCCCUUCCACGUGCGCUUCGGCAAGAUGGGCGUACUCCGGAGCCGAGAAAAAGUGGUUGAUAUUGAAAUCAAUGGAGAGCCCGUGGACAUACACAUGAAGCUAGGGGAGUCGGGAGAAGCCUUCUUUGUCCAAGAAUUAGAGGACAGUGAGGAAAUUAGUCCCCUCCUUGGCACCUCGCCUCUUCCACCAUCAUUCCUCCAGGAGAAACUCGAUCUCGCGAGAGCAGAGGAUGAGGAAUCAAGACCUAGGGAUUCUGGAGUUGAUGAAUCCAUUUCCUCAUCUGUUGGCCAGUCGACAGUGGCAGGUGAUGUAGUGGUCACAGCUUUGCCAGAGACGGAAACAGCCGGAGAUCAAGAUUCCUCUGUACCGCCCUUGACCGACAUAGGAGAUGGUAUCAAAAUCGUCAGUGUGAAAUUAUCAGGACGACCCCAAGAGUGAGAUUGGCAUUGUCA